CCGGACACCGGAAAAGAAACUUUGAACUCUGAGUUUCGACCAAUGAAAGAGAUUCACGCUACUGCUGGUCUGUGCAACUGUAUCAGAUUGUUGGCUGCUAUGAUGGAUAUGGAUUGAAGAAAAAUGAAUGCAAGGAGAAGAGGUGGGAAACCCAACAGAGGUGGAGGGAGGUUUAACAAACCUAGAGGAGGUGGAGGUGGUGGUGGUGGUGGCGGGCGAGGUGGAAGUAGGAAAGGAGGAGCUGGCCACUGGGAUGACGAUGAUGAUUUCACCCUUGAUUUUGGACCCUCCCAUUCCAGCAGACCUGGCAAAGGACGAGGUGGUGGUAGGAGUGCUAGUGGCACAGAUGGAGGUAGAGGAAAGGGGGCUAGGGAUCGAGACAGGGGUGACAGAGAGGAUGGAAAAAGCAGCAGCAAGACUCUCCCAAGGUCCCUGGUGAGGACUAGAACAUGUCUAAAGUUAGGUGAUGGCAUGAGACUAGAGGUGAGUGCCAAACCCUUGCAGAGGAUCUUCAUGACUAAUGAGAACCAAGAACAACUCAAGGAACUGCUGCAGGAUUUGCAGACCCAGGACAUUGAUGAGCCAUAUGAUGAAUCUGGUUCAGAUUAUUUGGGCAGAGGAGAAGAUGAGGAAGAAUAUGAUGAGCUGGAUCACCGAGAAGAAGGCCAGUUUUGGGCCACUAGUGAUGAGCCUGUGGAGAGAGCAGAGGGACCAGCAUAUGAGCCAGAGUCUGACGAUGAACGGCCUCCUCCUGAACCUGUCUUCUCCCUAUUUGCCAUAGGAAAACUUUGCAGAUUUGGGUUUGAUAGGGAGCGCAGCAAACAGGCCAUGGAGUCUGGUGGAGGAGAGUUUGGGGCAACUUUGGAGCAACUCCUCCACCAGGUUUUCAGUGAGCGCUAUGGCCAGAUGGCAAUUUCCCCUGAUGGCCUUGAGCAGAUGUCUAUGGAUGAAUGCUUGAUCCAGAGGCAGGAAGAGGCUCUGGCUCUGACUGCCAUUUAUGGUGAACGCUUUAGUGAGCGCAUUGCCAAUGCAGUCUGGACAGUAACCCUGGACUUGUCAUUCCUCUCAGACAUUGCUGUCAGGAACGCAGGGAUGGCUGGGAGUUGCAGUGGUGGAGGAUCUGUUAAUAUUCGUGAUGUCUGCAAAUUCUACUUGAAAGGACAAGGCUGCCGGUUUGGAGAUAAAUGCAAAUUCAAACACCAACUUCCUACAAAAGGGAGGUCUGGGGCUGGUUCCCCAGACCUGAAGGGCCCGAGUCAGCCGGGAUUCAGCAGCUAUUCUCCUCCUGAGUAUGAACUAGAGAUCCGUUUUCCCAAAGGAAACCGUUACCCAUUUCAGGCACCAAUAGUUGCCUUUAGCACCAACGAUGAGUCUGUUGGGGCUGCAGGGAGGCUCAAUGUGAGUGAGAGAUUAUUUGGAGAGGCCUUGGCUGCAGCAAAGAGCAGUGAACCUGUUGUUUACACUCUGAUCACCUUGUGUGAGGAUGGUGCUACCAUGAAGGAACUACUGGCUGCAAGUCAUCACAAAUACAGCACCCCACCAGCUGUUGUGGUUGUUCCUCCAUCCUCUCUAGCCACACUAAAGAGUAAGAGUGUGAGGAGCACUGCCUCAGAGGAAGGCAGGAGUAGCAUUACCAGUUGUAGUAAUCACACCAAGAGCAGAAGGAUUCCUCCACCCAACAACCAGAGACUCAUAGAUUUGAAAGAGACAGGAGAGGCAGAGGAGCUGGAUGAGAGGGACAAGGAAGAUGAGGCUGUUCCAGUCAAAAGUGAGAGUUACAUCAGUCUGAGGAAGAAGAUAGUAAAUAAGCACAACCUGAAGAUAGACAACCUACUGCAAGAAAAUGGCAAGCUCUGCCGAGAGUUCCAGAAGAAACAGUCAUCCAGGCGUUUCCAGUCAAUGCUGGAACAGAGGAAGAACCUGCCAGCUUGGCAGGAAAAAGAGAACAUCCUAGACCGGUUGGAUCGGUGUCAGGUGCUAGUGAUCAGUGGGAUGACAGGGUGUGGUAAGACCACCCAGAUUCCUCAGUUCAUUCUGGAUGCAUCACUAUGUGGUCCAGCGAAGCAGGUGGCCAACAUUAUCUGUACCCAGCCACGUCGCAUCUCUGCUAUCUCUGUAGCCCAGAGAGUGGCGCAGGAGCGAGCAGAGUCUCUGGGCAACUCAGUGGGCUACCAGAUCCGCCUGGAGAGUGUCAGGACAUCUGCCACCAGACUGCUAUACUGCACCACAGGUGUGUUACUGAGGAGACUCGAGGGUGAUGCAGACCUCAGAGGCAUCACACACGUCAUUGUGGAUGAGGUGCAUGAACGCACAGAGGAGAGUGACUUCCUGCUGUUGGUGCUCAAAGACCUGAUUGUACAAAGACCAGACCUGAAGAUCAUUCUAAUGAGUGCCACACUUAAUGCCAACCUCUUCUCUGAGUAUUUUUACGAUUGUCCCACUAUCCACAUACCAGGUCGUGCUUUUCCUGUUGACCAGUUUUUUCUUGAAGAUGCCAUUUCUAAAGCUGGAUAUGUCAUUGAGGAUGGCAGCCCUUACAUGCGUUUAGGGAAACAGAAUUCAUUUGCCACAAGUGGAAGAGGAAGCAAAGGAGAACCAAGGGAUGUAGUAAGCGACUUAGGUGACGACAUGUGGAACUUCACGUCUUUCUGCAAGAAGGACUUUGUCAAAGAUUCCGUCCCAGACCAGCAGCUCAGCCUGCAGGAACUGACAGUCAGAUACAAAGAUACUAACAAGUCUGUGCUGAAGACCAUUGCAGCAAUGGACCUUGAUAAGAUCAACAUGGACCUGGUGGAGAGCCUCCUGGUUUGGAUUGUAGAUGGAAAACACAACUACCCUCCAGGUGCCGUGCUGGUGUUUUUGCCAGGCUUGGCUGAGAUCAAGAUGCUCUAUGAGCAGCUCCAGUGCAACAGAAUGUUCAACAACAGGGGUGCAACCAGGUGUGCUGUAUACCCACUCCACUCAACCUUGUCCAAUGAGGAGCAGCAGGCAGUUUUUAGUCAUCCCCCAGAAGGUGUCACAAAGAUCAUCAUCUCCACCAAUAUUGCAGAGACCUCAGUAACCAUUGAUGAUGUGGUUUAUGUCAUUGAUUCUGGCAAGAUGAAGGAGAAAAGGUAUGAUGCACAUAAGGGCAUGGAGAGCCUGGAGGACUCAUGGGUUUCUCGGGCCAACGCUCUGCAGAGGAAGGGUCGAGCAGGUCGCGUGGCCUCAGGAGUCUGCUUCCACCUCUUCACCAGCCACUGUUUCCAACACCAGCUCACUGAACAACAGCUGCCUGAGAUCCAGAGAGUGCCCCUGGAGCAGCUGUGUCUCCGAGUCAAGAUCCUGGAUAUGUUUGCAGAGCAGACUUUGGAGUUGGUCUUCUCUCGGCUCAUUGAACCCCCAGCUACUGGAAGCUUGGAUGCGGCCAAGCGGCGCCUGCAGGACCUGGGAGCUCUAACUGCCAAUGAAAAGUUGAGCCCACUGGGCUACCACCUGGCCUGCCUGCCUGUCGAUGUGCGCAUUGGAAAGCUCAUGCUGUUUGGUGCCAUCUUCCGCUGCCUUGACCCAGCACUCACCAUUGCUGCCAGCCUGGCCUUCAAAUCACCAUUUGUAUCUCCAUGGGAUAAGCGAGAGGAAGCCAACGAGAAGAAACUGGCCUUUGCUGUGGCCAACAGUGACCAUCUGGCUUUGUUACAGGCAUACAAGGGAUGGUGCUCCGCUGCAAAGAAUAACAAACAGGCCAGUUUCCUUUACUGCAGGGACAACUUUCUGUCUUGGCGAGGCUUACAGGAGAUCGCCAGUCUGAAGCGGCAGUUUGCUGAGCUGUUGUCUGACAUUGGCUUCAUCAAAGAAGGACUGAGGGCCAGGAUUAUAGAGCGCAUGUGCUCUAAGGGCACUGAUGGUGUUCUAGAGGCUACUGGUCCUGAGGCUAACCUGAACUCAGAAAACAUCCGACUGAUGUCUGCCAUGCUCUGUGCUGCACUCUAUCCCAAUGUGGUUCAGGUACAUGCUCCUCAGGGAAAUUACAAGAUGACCAGCAAAGGAGUGAUGCAGAUGCAACCCAAAGCCAACGAGCUCCGCUUCAUGACCAAAAAUGAUGGCUGUGUCCAUGUGCACCCCUCGUCUGUCAACUACACGGUUCGUCACUACAACAGCCCUUACCUGGUUUACCAUGAGAAGGUGAAAACAAGUCGUGUCUUUAUCAGGGACUGCAGCAUGGUGUCUGUCUACGCACUGGUGCUGUUUGGAGGCGGUCAGGUCAGCGUGGAACUGCACAAAGGAGAGUUUGUCAUCUCACUGGAUGAUGGUUGGAUCCAGUUUGCUGCUGCUUCUCAUCAGGUGGCUGAGCUGGUGAAGGAGCUGCGCUGGGAGCUGGACGAGCUGCUGGAAGAUAAAAUCAGGAACCCGAGUGUGGACCUGUGCAGCUGCCCCCGCGGCUCCCGUAUCAUCCACAUGAUAGUCCACCUCAUCUCUACACAGUAGCUCUGCUACUGGACAAAUCUUUUUGAGCCUUUUUGUCACUCCCAAGGGCUUACAUGCAUGUCUCUCUGCUCCUACAGCACUGCUACAUAGUAUUAUCUUAUUCCACUAAUUAGGAAAAUCAGGGUGAACCAUCUGAAAGCUAGUAGAAGUGUGUAUUUCUUAAGACAGAUGAGCAGGUCAGAUACUGGACUUAAUGUGAUAUUGUGUUUUAAAGCAAAAUUUGCCUUUGAAUAGAGAAAAUAUGCAGUAAAUUGGGACAGAACUAAUUGUUUAAUUUGAUUACAGGUAUAUUGUAAUUUGUAUAAAGUGUAUUUUGUGUUGUGAGUGAAGCUCAUAACUGCCUUAGGUCCAUAUUGGAUUUCUUACGCUCACAGCAAUCGCAUACUUGUUAAGGUUGUGGAUAAUUAUUUAUAAAUGCAUGACUGAGAGAUGCAAGAGCUUCUGCAUGGUGCUCAGUUGUUCACAUUUACUGAAUGUACUUAAAUGUUACAGUGAUGUCAGGACACCCCUUUCACAAUGUGAACACAAGGGCUUUUAAAAUCAUGAGAAUUUGUUUGGAGUUGCCAAAAAACAUGAAAGUUAAUCAUCUUAAAAAAUAAUGAACUCCACUACACUAAAAAUACGAUGGGUGCUACAGAAUUUUUUUGCACUAAGUUCCUGUUACGUUUUGUGUUAUAUGCCUGAGAUGCAACAAAAUAAUUUACAGCCCUUUGGCACAGGCCAACCCUUUCAUUUGUGUGAGUCUGUUCUGUCUCCAAGACAACAGAACAUAAACAAAUGGGGCAUCAU